CUGCGAAAAUCGCGUUCGACUGUCAAUUUGUUUUUAAUUGAAAUUUUGUUGCGAAUUUGAUAUUAUUUAAUUAUCUGAAAAUAUGUGGAAGUACGGACAAAACCAGGGAAAUCAAGGCCCUGCAGGUGCCGGCGGAGGAGGUGGCAACCCCAAUAUGAUGCCAAUGGGCGGCUUCGGCAUGCAGGGCAAUAUGCAGCAGAUGCACAUGUCCCCCCAGCACCAGCAGCAGCAAAUGGGCAUGAUGGGUGGCCCGGGAGGAAUGCAAAUGAAUCCGCAGGCGGGAGGACCCGGAGGUCUGAUGCCAGGAAUGUCACCGCAGCAUCAGAUGCAGCAGCAACAGAUGAUGCAACAGCAGAUGAUGGGCCAACAGCAAGGAGUCGCCGGCAUGGGCGGUGGCGUUGUUGGAAUGGGUGGUCCCGGUGGAAUGGGUGGAGCAGCCGGUGGGGUUAUGCCCCAACAACAGCAGCAGCCGCAGAACAUGCCACAGCAACAACAGACGCCGCAACAGCUCACCCCAGGGGCAGGAGUAGCACCCGGAGGCGCUGGCGGGAGCAACAACAUGCUAGCUAUUUCACAACAAAAUCCCCACAAGGAGAUUAACAUAGUUCAACUGUCGCGCCUGGGUCAGGAGACGGUCCAGGACAUAGCCUCACGAUUCCAGGAGGUAUUCUCCGCCCUCAAGAACAUACAGCCCACCUCGCAUCGCGAUAACAAUACGGAAAAGAAGGUGCAGGAGUAUUUCCGCACAAUUCGUUUGCUCUUCAAAAGAGUCCGCAUCAUCUACGAGAAGUGUAACGACGCCGGAAUGGAUUACAUGAGUGCAGAGAACCUAAUUCCAUACCGAGACGAACCGGAGCCAAGGAUUGAGCCUUCGCAGUGCGACGAGUACCGGAAGGUGGUCCAAGAGAAUCACGAGCUCAUAGAGACUGUAAAGUUAAAGAACCGACAGCUGAGGGAGAUUAUCGACAGAACGCGUAUAAUUAUAUGGGAGAUCAACACUAUGCUGGCCAUGCGACGUUCUUAGGUUUAUGUUUUUAAAUUAAGAUUCAAUAAAAAUAUAUA